AUGCCUUUCUACGCCUGUGGGUUGCUCCGAGGGCUGCCUACUGGCGGCCCUCCAAAGCAACCCGAAGGCCUUUUUUCGGCCCGCCCAGGCAAAACCGCCCGGCCCAAGAUUCCAAACAGGAUCAGGCCGGAGAGGACCUCCAUAACACAGACGGAACCCGAAAAGCCCCCGCGCCCAGGAGGACUUGGAAAAGGCGCGCCUUGGCGCCCUCAGCUCAAAGGUGGUGCCGCCAACCCUAAUGUCGGACCUCCAAUCUCUUCCAAUCCAAGCAAGACCCCAUCAAGAUUUUUCAUCCUCAUCCUCAUCAUCAACUUCAUCAAAGCUCAAUCUGAUCUUCAUCUCAAUUAA